AUGAUGCCAUGUGCUCACAAUACUUUUAUUCUUUUUCACAAACCUGUUGAACUGGAAGGACGUUUUCCAACUUCCAAGAAAAUGAGUUUUCAUCCGAAUGGGAGGUACUGUGGGCAAUGCUGCUUCUGUCGCUUUUUCCAUUUCAUAAACCAAUUUGUUCUACCAUCUCCAGAACAAAUAUGGAAACGACAGUUGCAACAAAUGCAGGCUCCACAGUUGCAGGCUCAACAUAUGCUAUCAAUGCAGGCUCAACAGUUGCAAUUGCGACCACUUCAGCAAAUACAACCGCGACCAGUGUUGCAAGCACAACCACGAAAACCACGUCAACCACGUCAACCAAAACCCAAGUUGCCAGCAGAAGUCGUUCAAGCAAAUAAGGAAAACGAAAAUAGCAGUCUGAAGCAUAAAACUAGGUGGGAGCCUGUUGAGAAAUACACCCCGAAAAUAGUAAAUAAAAUUGAUGACUAUAUACCAACUCCAAAGGAGGUUCUUCUAAGCAUGCAAUCUCAACAGUCACCACAGCUGCCUUCUGCGCAGUUAGCUGAAAGCAUCAAAAUAAUAUUUGAUAAAAUGGAUCACAUCAAUCCUCUUUUAAAUUGUCGAGAGGGUCUGGAACCAGAUGAUGAUGAUGAUGAUGAUGACAAUGAUUUUAUUAUUAUUAAUGAAUAUGUGAAUUAUUAUGAAAAUGGUGAUGAUGAUGAUGCCAAUGAUGGUGGUGGUGAUGAUGAUGACGAUGAUGAUACUUCCGCUGUCAUUAUUUAUGAUGAGUUCGCUCAUAAUGAUUAUGAGGAAGACGGCGAUGACAAUGAAGAUGACGAUAAUGACGGAUACGACAGUGCGGGGGAGACAAUCAUCAUAAGCGAUGAUGAUGAUGAUGAUGAUGAUGAUGAUGAUGAUGAUGAUGAUGAUGAUGAUGAUGAUGAUGACGUUCUGAUAAUAGAUAUCGAUCCUAAGGAAGUUAGUUAGGAAUUUUUAUUUUAUUUUAACUUUAUCAAAUAUUAUUCUAAUUUAAAUUAACUUUCAAAAUAUCUUUAAUUUUUAGAUGUCGGAGA